AUGUUGGCCAGAAAGAGCAUCAUCCCCGAGGAGUAUGUGCUGGCGCGCAUCGCCGCGGAGAAUCUGCGCAAGCCGCGCGUCCGAGACCGCCUCCCCAAAGCCCGCUUCAUCGCCAAGAGCGGGGCAUGCAACCUGGCGCACAAGAACAUCCGCGAGCAAGGGCGAUUCCUUCAGGACAUCUUCACUACCUUGGUGGACCUGAAAUGGCGCCACACGCUGGUCAUCUUUACCAUGUCGUUCCUCUGCAGUUGGCUGCUCUUCGCCAUCAUGUGGUGGCUCGUGGCCUUUGCCCAUGGGGACAUCUACGCUUACAUGGAGAAAAGCGGAAUGGAGAAAAGUGGUUUGGAGUCCACUGUUUGUGUGACUAACGUCAGGUCUUUCACCUCUGCUUUCCUCUUCUCCAUUGAAGUUCAAGUGACAAUUGGAUUUGGAGGGAGAAUGAUGACAGAGGAAUGUCCCCUGGCCAUCACAGUUUUGAUUCUCCAGAACAUUGUGGGUUUGAUAAUCAACGCAGUCAUGUUGGGUUGCAUUUUCAUGAAAACAGCUCAGGCUCACAGAAGGGCGGAAACCUUGAUUUUCAGCCGCCAUGCUGUGAUUGCCGUUAGAAAUGGCAAGCUGUGCUUCAUGUUCCGAGUGGGUGACCUAAGGAAAAGUAUGAUCAUUAGUGCCUCAGUGCGCAUCCAGGUGGUCAAGAAAACAACCACACCUGAAGGGGAGGUGGUGCCUAUUCACCAGCUGGACAUUCCUGUUGAUAACCCAAUUGAGAGCAAUAACAUUUUUCUGGUAGCCCCUUUGAUCAUCUGCCAUGUGAUUGACAAGCGCAGCCCCUUGUAUGAUAUCUCAGCAACUGACCUUGCCAACCAAGACCUAGAGGUCAUAGUGAUUCUCGAAGGAGUGGUCGAGACUACUGGCAUUACCACACAAGCAAGAACCUCCUAUAUCGCCGAGGAGAUACAAUGGGGCCAUCGCUUUGUGUCCAUUGUUACUGAGGAGGAAGGAGUGUAUUCUGUGGAUUACUCCAAAUUUGGCAACACUGUUAAAGUAGCUGCUCCAAGGUGCAGUGCCCGAGAGCUGGAUGAGAAGCCUUCCAUCCUUAUUCAGACUCUCCAAAAGAGUGAACUAUCCCAUCAAAAUUCUCUGAGGAAGCGCAAUUCCAUGAGAAGAAACAAUUCUAUGAGGAGAAACAACUCUAUCCGAAGGAACAACUCAUCCCUCAUUGUGCCAAAGGUGCAAUUUAUGACUCCUGAAGGAAAUCAAAACACAUCGGAAUCAUGA